AGCCUACACAAGCCUUCAUUCAAGCUCUGCUUUCCUUUUUGCGCUGAAGAUUGUACUCUAUAUUUCUUCCAAUACUUUUUGCCCCCCCCUUUGAUCAUGUUGAGGAUGCUAAAGCGCGUGCAGCUCCGCCCGGGCUCUCUUUUAUUACUCCUGUGGCUCUGUCAUUUCAUUCAAGAGCAAAAAGUGCAAGCUGGGAACUGCUGGCUCCAGCAGGGGAAGAAUGGCCGCUGCCAGGUGCUCUAUUACAUGCCAGGCAUGAGCCGUGAGGAGUGCUGCAGGAGCGGGAGACUGGGAACCUACUGGACCGAGGAGGACGUCCCGAACAGUACCCUGUUCCGCUGGACGGUUUUUAACGGAGGGGCGCCCAACUGCAUGCCAUGCAAAGAGACGUGUGACAAUGUGGACUGUGGACCAGGGAAGAAGUGUAAGAUGAACAGGAGGAGUAAGCCACGCUGCGUCUGCGCCCCUGACUGCUCCAACAUCACCUGGAAGGGCCCGGUGUGCGGCUCAGAUGGAAAAACCUACCGAGACGAAUGCGCACUCCUAAAAUCGAAGUGUAAAGGACACCCCGAUCUGGAAGUGCAGUACCAGGGCAAAUGCAAAAAGACAUGCCGUGAUGUGCUUUGCCCUGGCAGUUCAACGUGUGUCGUAGACCAGACCAACAACGCCUACUGCGUCACUUGCAUCCGCGUGUGUCCCGAGGUGACGUCACCCGACCAGUACCUGUGUGGCAAUGACGGCAUCAUCUACGCCAGCGCCUGCCACUUACGGAGAGCCACGUGCCUGCAGGGCAAAUCCAUCGGCGUGGCCUACGAGGGCAAAUGCAUAAAGGCCAAAUCGUGCGAUGAUAUCAAGUGCAGCGGAGGGAAGAAGUGUCUGUGGGACGAGCGAUUGGGACGCGGCCGGUGUGCGCUCUGCCACGACGAGACGUGUCCCGAGAGUCGCGCGGACGAGGCGGUGUGCGCGAGCGACAACACCUCGUACCCGAGCACGUGCGCCAUGAAGCAGGCUGCAUGCGCCAUGGGCAAGCUGCUGGAGGUUAAGCAUUCGGGAUCAUGCAACUGAUUAUACAGAGGGCUUGGAACCUGAGAAACACUCGACUAACUUGUCAACCAUUCAUUUCAUUUGGCUCAUCGUCCACUGUGUUCAUUAAGAAGUCUGUAACAUUUUUUUUUUUAGAACAUCCCAUAAGGUUCCAAAUCCUUAUAAUGGACUGCAUAUUUGUUUUUCGUGUUAUUUUUCUGUUGCUUUGUCCGUGUAUUUUAUUUUUUUUACCUUUUAAUUUUCCAUUGUAAAGAAUUCCUUAGAAUGAUAUACCUCAAAAGUGUGACUGGUUUGCAGAGGUCAGUCUAGAGCGCGGGACGGGUGUCAGAAAUGGAAAGAUAAGACCCGAUUAGAGCCAAUCCUAUAACACAAGAGCACUUUUUUUGUCUCGUCCUCUUAUAGGAAUCUGCGAAAUUAGAGCUCAGCCCCCAAUGGCGCCCCCACCCUCCCCCCCCCCCCGCUCCCAACUUCAAUGACUACAUAAAGCUUGUUGUCUUAAUUAAUUUUGAGGGCAGAAUUGCAUUGUGGCCUAAACAUACAUACGCACACACACAUAUACAAAAACAACUUAGAACACUGAAGAAAAAAAAAAGAAAAAAAAAAGACAAAGCAUUCACUUAGAUUCUGCGCUGUUGUGGUCUUUAUUCAUACAACAGCUACCGUAUAUUCUCCCAUAUAGCCAUCACGGAAGACCAGGAGGAGGACACCCAUGAUGAGGAUGAGGAUGAUGAUGAGGAUGAUGAUGAAGAUGAUGAAGACCAGGACAACAUGGCUUACGUCCAUUUAUCACCAACACUGGACGGAUAAACGGCCAUCACCCUGGGGGAAAAGGUCCUGUGGCAAGAAAAACCAUGUCCACACUGUACAAAUGUGUAUGCUAAUUUAUUUUUUGAGGAAAAAAAAAAAAAAGGAAGUAUACAUAUAGUUCAGUCUGAUAAAUGUUUAUUUAUGCAGUGUUUCAUAAUUUAUACCUUUACAAUGUCUGACGUACUAUCUUGUUACGAUCAUGUUAUUUUUGUGUUCACUCGGUUUUAUUAUUAUUAUUAUAAUUAUUAUUAUUAUGAACUAUAUUUGUCCAAAGAGAAGCAGUGUUAUUUAUUGUGAACGCUAUAGAGUGUAAAGUGUGCAAGUCUUCUGCAAAUUGUAAAUUGCAUUCCCCUUGCUGUAAAAAUCCGCUUAUCGCCUAUCUGUUCUACUAUCAUAGAUGUUUAUUUCACACGUAUCUGCAUGUCAGCCUGUGUGUUUAUUUAUUGGAAAGAAAAAAAAAAGGGAAAAAAAUGUCACUCUUUAAUGUAAAAUGACGUUUUAGGUUUUGUUUGCUCUUCAGUUUGACCAAAUGGAUUUUCCUCAUCAUUUCACUAUACAGUGCAAAACACUUCGAUUUCAAUCAUGAGCCAGUUCUCAAGACAGAAAAAAAAAAAAAAAGCCGAUUCGUCUUUCAUGAUUUUUCAGAUUUUGGUGUUGUUUCUUAGUUUUGUGUUUUCAGCUAUUCAAUAUUGUCUGAUCUCAUUGUAAGCAAAAAGAAAAAAAAAAAAAAGUGCCACUAACACAUUUCCGAUUUCCGAUGUUCUGCUCUGUAAAACCUGUGAUGUAGGACUCUGUACCAACAUAUCGAACAGUACCACUUCUUAUUGUUUGUCAUUUUUAAAGUAAUUUUUUUUCUGACAUCACAAGAUAGUUAAAAUAUAUAGUUUUGUAUUUUUUUAAAUGUAAAUGUCAUAUGUAUAUACAAAGUUUGAUGGUAUUUGUACAGAUAUGAAGAGUGAAACAAUAAAAAUAAUAAAAUGAAUGUGA